GUAAACACAAGGAGGCGGAGUUAAGGGAAUCUGGUUUUCCUACCGGCGAGGUUUGCUCUCUCCCUUUCACUGGAUCCUUGCAAAACUAUCCUGGAGGAAAGACUCUCUCGCCUGCAUCACUAAGACACCCAAGUUUUCUGGGUAAAUGGCAGGGAAAAAAGUAUUAAUUGUCUAUGCACACCAAGAGCCCAAGUCUAUGAAUGGGUCCUUAAAAGCCAUUGCGGUGGAGGAACUGAGUAAACAGGGCUGCAGCGUCACUGUUUCUGAUCUAUAUGAAAUGCAGUUUGAGCCAAGAACAACAAGAAAGGACAUUAUUGGUGAGCUGUAUAACCGAGAACAGUUUAAUUAUGGAGUUGAGGCAUGGGAGGCUUGCAAAAAUGGAUGCCUAUCUGAAGAUCUGAAGGAGGAACACAGGAAAGUGAAAGAAGCUGAGUUGGUGAUCUUUCAGUUUCCAUUAUAUUGGUCCAGUAUGCCAGCAAUCAUGAAAGGUUGGAUGGACAGAGUUUUGGUCCAAGGAUUUGCUCACAACUUGCCGAAGUGUCAUGAGAGUGGUUUACUCAAGAAUAAAAAGGCCUUGCUUUCAUUUACCACUGGAGGAGAUAAAGGAAUGUUCUCAAAAGGAGGAAUCAGUGGAGACAUUCGUUACAUCCUGUGGCCCAUGCAGUAUGGGAUAUUGCGUUUCUGUGGCUUCGAUGUCCUUGCCCCUCAGAUCUGCUUUGCCCCAGAGCAUGCAGCCUUGGAAGAAAGAAGGCAAAUGCUCUCUUCUUGGGAGAAGCGCCUGAAGACCAUCUGGGAAGAGAAGCCUAUAACAUGCAUUCUAGAGUGAUAUGACAAUAAAGUUUGAGGAGGAAGAUUAAAGAUUUGCUCUUCUCUCA